AUGCUACUAUUUCCGAAUUGUACCUUAAAGAAAAUUCAGCAUGAUGUUGUGGAAUUGCCCAGUCAAUAUUGGUUAGAUCUUGUUGUGUCUUUUGAUCAUCAAAAUACUCAGGAUUCGCAACUUGAUCUUCCAAUCACUCCAAAAGCCUCUAGGUUCCGUGCUUUUCUGAAGGUCACUGGGCCAAUCGAGACUGAAAGCUUCACGAAUGCAAAGUUUAAGGUUGCGAGAGGAUCAACUUGUCAGUCCUACAAAUUCACUCUUGUAGACUUGCCUUGCUUGAAUAAUGAUAGGAUCAUUCUUCACAACAUAUUGCUGCGAGAAAAAGAUAAGGAUGAGCCUGUGAUGUCCCAUCUUCAACUUAUGAUCAAUUCGUAUAUUCAAGAAGUUGGUUCGAUGGAUGUGGAUAUUGCCACAGUUUUGAAGAAGAAGCCAAGAGUUGUUCCCAAGGAAGCUCCGAAAGACUUAGAGAAGUUCAAGUUAGAGAAGAUAUACAAGGAAGGAUGGUGUGACAACCCAAAAGAUCCUAUCAUGUAA